AUGUUAAGAUCGGCAUUCUCUCGUCCGCUAAUUUCUAGAACAAUGGCAUCAAAGGUACCCAAGCAGUAUCAGUUUGAGGAUAUUAAACAAUUGGUUCUGAAACCAAAUAAUUCGAAGGUGUUAGUGGAUGUUAGAGAGGUAGGUGAGUUGCAGGAAUACCGGUUGCCAAAUUCGAUUAAUUUGCCGUUGAAGACAUAUCCUGGGGCUUUGUCUUUAGCCCCUGAUGAGUUCAAGGAAGUUUUUGGUAUUGAGAAGCCAUCGAUGGACAAAGAGUUGAUAUUUUUCUGUGCAGCUGGGGUAAGAGCGCAGGCAGCGCAAGAGUUGGCUAACUCGUAUGGGUAUGUGAAUACUGCAGUUUGGCCGGGGUCGAUUAAGGAGUGGUUAUCCAAGGGAGGCGACAAAUUGUAG